GGAGUCUUCCUCUAUGUCAUCACCGGCACAACCGGGUCUUCCUCCCAAGUCGAUGUCCUCCACCUCUAAGCCUUCAGAGUCUUCCUCUAUGUCAUAGCCGGCACCCCCGGGUCUUCCUACCAAGUCGAUGUCCUCCACCUCUAUACCUUUGGAGUCUUCCUCUAUGUCAUCGCUGGCACUCCCGGGUCUUCCUCCCAAGUAGAUGUCCUCCACCUCUAAGCCUUCGGAGUCUUCCUCUGUCAUCGCCGGCACAACCUGGUCUUCCUCCCAAGUCGAUGUCCUCCACCUCUAAGCCUUCGGAGUCUUCUUCUAUGUCAUCACCGGCACAACCGGGUCUUCCUCCCAAGUCGAUGUCCUCCACCUCUAAGCCUUCGGAGUCUUCCUCUAUGUCAUAGCCAGCACCCCCGGGUCUUCCUACCAAGUCGAUGUCCUCCACCUCUAUACCUUUGGAGUCUUCCUCUAUGUCAUCGCUGGCACUCCCGGGUCUUCCUCCCAAAAAGAUGUCCUCCACCUCUAAGCCUUCGGAGUCUUCCUCUGUCAUCGCCGGCACAACCGGGUCUUCCUCCCAAGUCGAUGUCCUCCACCUCUAAGCCUUCGGAGUCUUCCUCUAUGUCAUCGCCGGCACAACUGGGUCUUCCUCCCAAGUCGAUGUCCUCCACCUCUAUGCCUUCGGAGUCUUCCUCUAUGUCAUCGCCGGCACAACCGGGUCUUCCUCCCAAGUCGAUGUCCUCCACCUCUAAGACUUCGGAGUCUUCCUCUAUGUCAUCGCCGGCACAACCGGAUCUUCCUCCCAAGUCGAUGUCCUCCACCUCUAAGCCUUCGGAGUCUUCCUCUAUGUCAUCGCCGACACAACCGGGUCUUCCUCCCAAGUCGAUGUCCUCCACCUCUAAGCCUUCGGAGUCUUCCUCUAUGUCAUCGCCGUCACAACCGGGUCUUCCUCCCAAGUCGAUGUCCUCCACCUCUAAGCCUUCGGAGUCUUCCUCUAUGUCAUCGCCAGCACCCCCGGGUCUUCCUCCCAAGUCGAUGUCCUCCACCUCUAAGCCUUCGGAGUCUUCCUCUAUGUCAUCGCCAGCACAACCGGGUCUUCCUCACAAGUGGAUGUCCUCCACCUCUAAGCCUUCGGAGUCCUUCUCUAUGUCAUCGCCGGCACAACCGGGUCUUCCUCCCAAGUCCAUGUCCUCCACCUCUAAGCCUUCGGAGUCUUCCUCUAUGUCAUCGCCGGCACCCCCGAGUCUUCCUCCCAAGUUGAUGUCCUCCACCUCUAUGCCUUCGGAGUCUUCCUCUAUGUCAUCGCCGGCACAACCGGGUCUUCCUCCCAAGUCGAUGUCCUCCACCUCUAAGCCUUCGGAGUCUUCCCCUAUGUCAUUGCCGGCACCCCCGGGUCUUCCUCCCAAGUCGAUGUCCUCCACCUCUAAGCCUUCGGAGUCUUCCUCUAUGUCAUCGCUUGCACCCCCGGGUCUUCCUCCCAAGUCGAUGUCCUCCACCUCUAAGCCUUCGGAGUCUUCCUCUAUGUCAUCCCCAGCACAACCGGGUCUUCCUCCGAAGUCGAUGUGCAUCACCUCUAUGCGUUCGGAGUCUUCCUCUAUGUCAUCGCCAGCACAACCGGGUCUUCCUAUAAAGUCGAUGUCCUCCACCUCUAUGCUUUCGGAGUCUUCCUCUAUGUCAUCGCUGGCACCCCCGGGUCUUCCUCCCAAGUCGAUGUCCUCCGCCCCAGUGGAUUUUUUUAAUCCAGCAUCCAUCCAUGCUUUUUUAGAACAACUGCUUCAAUUGAUGCAGCAACCUUGGUCUGGCACCUCCCUCCGUCAGUUUCCUCUGUCCAGCCAUCUUCUGUAGGAGGGAGGCUUCAAACUUACUGGAGGCUUUGGGAGUUCCUGCAGGAUCUGUGACUGGGAUCCUCCGUCGCGGGUUCCGCCCGCAGUUUCGUGCCAUUCCUCCUCUCACUACCAAUCAGUUGGAACCUAGAUACUGGCCUCUAGAUCUGCUGGGCUCUGCAGGCCAAUGUCAACAUUCUGAUUGCCAAGGAUGCGGUGGAAGCCCUGGAUGCCUCUACCAUCAUGCCAGGAUUUUACACCCUGUCUUCGUGGUGCCCAAGAAGAGUUCAAAGAUGCGAAUGAUUCACAAUCUGGCGCUAUUCAAUUAACACUACCUCGCUCCUCCGCUGCAUUUCCCAAUGUUCUCCGUACACUUCGCCACAUGAUCCAGCCGAUGGACCACCUCAUCAGUCUGGACCUGCAGGAUGCCUACCUGCAUGUUCCCAUUCAUGCAGCGCAUCGUCGAUUCCUCUGUUUCAUCUCCAGGUGGAAAGUGCUUCCAUUUCGAAUUUCCACAGCCCCGUGGUUGUUCACUUGUACCAUCAAGCCCAUCAUUGCGUUCAACGCAUUCAUCGACGACUGUAUCCUCAGCCACAUCAUCCUGCAGGUCCUGACACGUCAAAGGGACUUAACCCUUCAACCCUUGGCUUGGUUGGGUGGUCAACUUGGAGAAAUCAGAUCUUACUCCUUCUCACAACUCAUCAGCAGCCUCUUUCUAACAGAAUGCAACUUGAUACAAGUUCCGCCAGAUCGGUUCCAAGCCAUCCAGUCCGGGUCCAGAUAGCACUCUGU